GCUCUUCUGCAAAUUGCAAGCUGAUUUAUUUAACAUCCGCCCCCCCACACGCACGCACUUUGUAGACGUUGCGAUCCUCCGCGUGUCGCAGUCCGACGGCACUGCAGCCGAGCUGGCUCCCCUGCCCGUGCGCGUAGCCCGCAGCUUUAAUUUCUAUCAGCGGGAACGGGAGGCCUAGUCCCGUGUCAGGAAGCAGCUGUAAGGGAAGGCCAUCAGCAGCCGCGAAAGCCUCAGAGACAACACCAUGGGCGGCAGUCUGUGGCCUGUCGCUUUUGCCUUUCUGUAACGGUGUCUCUUUCCUCCUGCAAAGCCAGGAUGGAAGGGCAGAACUGAGUUACGAUCGUCCCCGAUAAGAGAAAAAUAGCUUCAGAGAUGGAGGCAGAAUUCUCGGCCCUCGGUCUCCGCAGGGUCAUUGUAGAGCUGGAUGUGAAGCCAGAAAUCAAAAUGGAGGGGCCGGAGCCUGAACCCGAGCGAGGGCUGCAGAAAACGGCGGUGCAAGCCGAGAUGGCUCCUCGCGAAUUAGCAGCAGCAGCACCACAGUGCAUUAAGCAGGAAGCAGAGGAAGGCCCUUCAUCUGAGCAGUGGGAAAUGCAGUGGCCAGUCCUGCAUCUACCCCAGUCCUCUCCAUUAGGACUGGGGAAUCUACAGCUGCAGGAGAGCAUGCUAAGGGACGAUGCAAAGCAUGCACUGGCUGGUUUUGAAGGGGCGGCGGCCGCCAGCCACUGGGGGAAAGGAGAGGACAUGCUCAGGCUGGGGCUGAGCAGAACAGCAGCCCAGGGGGCACACGACCUGAAUGACGCAAGCGAGCCUGGUGAGGAGCGGCCAAGAGAGGCCAAGGCGGUGGAUCCUGCCAGCUCCGAGCGCCAGCGCCAGCACUUCCGGCAGUUUGGCUACCAGGAAGCCGAGGGGCCGUGGGAGGCGUACUGCCAGCUACGGAAAUUUUGCCACCAGUGGCUGAUGCCCGAACAGCACACCAAAGAAGAGAUCCUGGAGCUGGUGAUCCUGGAGCAAUUCUUGUCCAUCCUGCCUCAGGAGAUGCUGACCUGGAUCAGGGAACGCGACUCGGAGAGCUGCUUCCACGCUGUCGCUCUCGCCGAGCAUUUUCUCCUCAGGCAGCGAGAGGCUGAGCGACAAGACCAGCAGGUGCCAGGGAUGAAACAGGAGGCAGCUGUGAAUUUUUCAGCAGGAGAAGGUGCUUCACUGGAUUUGGCUCUCAGGCAGCUGUACAGGGAGGUCAAGCAAGAAGAGGAAGGCGGUGCCAGUGAGUUAGCAGGUGAUGGAAGGCAGAGUGAGAAUAAUGGAAUGCCAUUGGAAAGACAAGACAGUCAGGGCUUGGAAGAAACCAUUGGAGAACGAGCCCAUCCAGAGCGACUUCAGGGCCAUCAAACAGAAGAGCAUCAGCGUGAGUCCACUGCCUCUCAGGGUACAGGCCUCUGUGAAACAGCAGUCCAACAAACAACUCAGAAAGGAAAAAGACCAAGUGAUAAACUGUUCCAUGACCUCAGUAGGCAUCAGAGAAGCCACACAGGAGAGGAACUUUAUGAAUGCUCAGAUUGUGGGAAAGUGUUUAUUUCUAGAGCUGGCUUUAUCAUGCAUAUAAGAGUACAUGGCCGAGAAAAGCCGUAUGAAUGCACAGAUUGUGGCAAGCACUUCAGGAGAAGCUCACACCUCAAUAGCCAUAGCAAAAUCCAUGCAGGAGUGAAGCCAUUUAAAUGCUUGGACUGUGGAAAAGGAUUCAGCCGGAGCUCAAACCUUAUCUCACAUCAGAGAAUGCACACGGGAGAGAAACCUUACUCUUGUUCAUCCUGUAGCAAGCAGUUUUGUGACAAAUCGAGCCUGGUUCGACAUGAGAGGCUUCAUACAGGAGAUAAGCCAUACAAGUGCACCGAAUGUGGAAAAAGUUUCAGCCAGAGCCACCACCUCAUUACACAUCAGAGAAGCCACACAGGUGAGAAGCCAUACAAAUGUUUGCUCUGCAGCAAAAGCUUUUGCGACCGAUCAACUUAUAUUCGGCAUCAGAAAAAUCACACGGGGGAGAAGACAUUUAAGUGCUCUGAGUGUGGUGAAUGUUUCAGUCGGAACAAGCACCUUGUUAGGCACCGGAGCAUUCAUACAGCAAGGGAACUCUACACAUGCUCUGACUGUGGGGAAAGCUUUUGCCGCAGAUCAGGCCUUAAGAUGCACCAGAAAAUCCACACUGGGGAAAAACCGUAUGAAUGCCCAGACUGUGGGAAAAAGUUCAACCGCAGCACAAACCUUAUUAGCCAUCAGAGAAUCCACACUGGAGAGAGACCCUAUGGCUGCCCUGACUGUGGGAAGAGGUUCAAUCGUAGGACACAUCUUGUUAGCCAUCAGAGAAUCCAUGGGCAGAGGAAAGAAACUACAGAGAUCCUCGGAGUAGAAGAAGAGCUGCCAUCGGCUGAAUUCAAACCAGGAUAUGUGCCCCCAUCUUUUAUCAUCACAACAACCCUCCUGCAGCUGGGGGGAGCAUGUACAGGUGGGGGCCAGUGUAACAAAACCGAUGCCCUUGCCCGCCGGAACAUCAGGUAUAAAGGGAUUUCGAUGCCCCUGAAAGUGGGGCUAGAAAUGGAAGCGCAACCCAUGUAUGCCGAGAAAUUGGACUUUAAAGGAAAGAAUCCGCAAGCUGGGCUGGACGGAGAGCUGCUGGCUGGGACGGACUCGCACCAGAUCAAGCAGGAGCCGGAGGACGGGCCGCAGCAGCAGCAGGUGCCACGCUGGGGUGCCCAGUGGCAGGACUUCCUGAUGGCCAUGCAGCCUCCUCGUUCAGGGUGGGGGAAUUCACAGCUGCCCAGUCCACUCCUGUCAGGGGAGGGGGUCAGCUCACCCCAGGCCCCUUUCAAGGGAGCCGCUGACGCCUGCCAGUGGCCUGCAAGAGAGGGAGAGACCUGGAUGCCGCCUGACCUCAGCGAGGAUGGCGAAGACCCAAUUUCCUCGGUAAAAGUGAAGGAAGAGAUGCUGGGAGAGGAAGACCCUGCUAGCUUGGAAAUGGACCGGCAGCAUUUCAGGCAGUUCUGCUAUGCAGAGGCCGAGGGACCCCGGGAGGUAUUUCUCCACCUUCAGGAGCUUUGCUAUCAGUGGCUGAAGCCGGAGAGGCGAACCAAGGAGCAGAUCCUGGAGCUGGUGAUCCUGGAGCAGUUCCUGACGAUCUUGCCUGAGGAAAUGCAGAGCUGGGUCAAGGAAUGCGAGCCGGAGACCUGUGUGCAGGCAGUGGCCCUGGCGGAGGAUUUCUUGUUGCGGCUGCAAGACACUGAGGGCCUGCAAGAGAAGGUUUCAUGGCCUAUAGAAGACAUGGCUGCUCAUUCCCCAAAGUCGGAGCAGGAUCCAUCAGAAACUGUGAAUGUCUCGCUCUCAGCAGAUGCUGAGGAAGAGAGUGAAGGGGAGGUCACCUUUCUGGCAGGCAAUGACCAAGCAUAUGAGAACGGGGAGGAGACGUUCCCAUUUGAAAGACAUCCGCAAGUAGGCAUGAGUGGACUGUCCUUGGCCAGACUUAAUGGGACAUUUUUCCAAGUUUGUGGGUUGGGAGAGAGGCUUCCCAAUGAGCAGAGCCAAGGAGACCAGGGAGAGAGCCGGACAGAAUUUGAGGGUUUCCUUCACGCCGAAAGCUUGCGAGGAUGCAGCCUUGCCGAGGGAAGUCACAAAGCAAAGAGGAAAAAGACCGGCCCCAGCUGGGGAACCGUCCUGCGUCGGAGCUUCGACUUCCCGCGGAACCAGAAGGCCCAGAAACUUUACACCUGCACCUAUUGCGGGAAGGUCUCCAACAACAGUGCUCACAUGAUCAUCCACGAGAGGACACACACGGGGGAGAAGCCGUACAAGUGCUCGGAGUGCGGCAAGUGUUUCAGCACGAACUGCAACCUGAUGAAGCACAUGCGCGUCCACACGGGCGAGAAGCCAUACAAAUGCUCCAGCUGCGGCCGGAGCUUCAGCGACAAAGCCUCACUCAUCGUGCACGAGAGGACCCACACAGGGGAGAAACCCUAUGAGUGCCCCAUGUGUGGGAAGAGCUUCACCUCCAGCUCCAACCUCAUCACCCACAAGCGGGUGCACACGGGGGAGAAGCCGUACAAGUGCUCCGAGUGCGGCCAGAGUUUUGUUCACAGGCCGCAGCUUGUCAUUCACAUCCGGACCCACACGGGGGAGAAGCCCUACGAGUGCCUGGAGUGCGGCAAGAGCUUCAAUCAGAAAGCGGACCUCAUAAUACACGGGAGGACCCACACCGGGGAGAAGCCGUACGAAUGCGCCGAGUGCGGGAAGAGCUUCAUUUCCAGCUCCUACCUUCGCAAACAUGAGAGGCUGCACACAGGGAAGAAGGCACAGCUGGGAGAAGAAACCCACAAGUGCAACUACUGCAAGAAGAGCUUCAUCAGCCGGUCCAAACUUCUCAUCCACGAGCGGACGCACACGGGGGAGAAGCCCUUCGAGUGCACCGAGUGCGGGAAGGGCUUCAGCACGAGCUCCAACCUGGUCAACCACAAGCGGGUGCACACGGGGGAGAAGCCGUACCAGUGCUCCGAUUGCGGGCAGAAGUUCAGCACAAACUCUAACCUGGUCAAUCACAAAAGGGUGCACACGGGGGAGAAGCCGUACGAAUGCUCAGACUGUGGGCAGAGUUUUGGUCACAAAGCGUCCCUUCGGAGACACAAGAGAAUCCACUCUAGAGAUGCAACCCCUUGA